AUGCUAUUCAAUGACUUUUACCGGUGGUAUCAAAACGAGGAAACCACACACCAGUUAUUAGGAACAGGAAGGAACGUUUGUGGGCAGACGUGUGAAGCUAGAACUAGUCGUCCUGCGUUAGCUAGCCACAGAUAACUUAUGAUUGGCGAUGCGUUAACUGUUAAUAGCAAUUUAAGAAGACAGCCCGCGUAGACACUUUCUAAAGCAAGUGGACUAAGACCAAUCGGUUAGAUUGUGGCGAGUGGUUGCGACUCCAUUUAACUAUUGUCAAACAUCAGAUCGGAUCCAUGCAUUUGGUGCAUCAAACUGGUGACCUGUCAGUCGGUCUGUACGAGAACCUAGCUAGCAAGCCAGCUAGCUUUAAUGGCGUUGAUGGCUAGCAAGUUCCCUUCAAUUACGGUCAUUUUUGCUUGUCUUUGGCUGAGCAUUUUGUUGUGUUAAGCAGGCACGGUGUGGAUUUCUACAUCCUCGCGUUGUUCGUGACAGCAAGCAAAACACUUUCUUGGCUAGUAGUGAUACCCACUGCACGCGUUCUCUGUCACCAGCUUUGCGGUUGUCCAAGCAAAGCGCACUUGGAAGACUUUCGCGAAGGAGCGACUUGGUUAGAAGGCAAGCCAUUAAACACGAUGGAUAGGACGGAGCUUAUUCAGAAGGCCAAGCUCGCUGAGCAGGCAGAGCGCUACGACGACAUGGCGGCGUCCAUGAAGGAGGUGACGGAAGGCGGAGUAGAACUGUCGAACGAGGAGAGGAAUCUGCUCUCGGUCGCCUACAAGAACGUCGUCGGCGCGCGGAGGUCGGCAUGGAGGGUGAUCUCCAGCAUCGAACAGAAGACCGAGGGCAGCGACAAGAAGCUGCAGAUGGUGAAGGAAUACCGGGAGAAAGUGGAACAGGAACUAAGAGAUAUUUGCAAUGAUGUGCUGGAGCUUUUGACCAAAUUUUUGAUCGAGAAGUCCACGACCCCUGAGAGCAAGGUCUUCUACCUGAAGAUGAAGGGGGACUACUACAGAUACCUCGCCGAAGUGGCCUCAGGAGACGACAAGAAGGACACGAUAACCAACUCCCAGGGCGCCUACCAGGAGGCGUUUGACAUCAGCAAGGCGGAGAUGCAGCCCACGCACCCCAUCCGCCUGGGCCUGGCCCUCAACUUCUCCGUCUUCUACUACGAGAUCCUCAACUCCCCCGAGCAGGCCUGCUCCCUGGCCAAGCAGGCAUUUGAUGAAGCCAUUGCUGAGCUGGACACACUGAACGAAGACUCGUACAAAGACAGCACUCUCAUCAUGCAGCUCCUGCGUGACAACCUGACAUUAUGGACCUCUGACAACGCUGCUGAUGAGCCGGAGGGAGGAGAUGGAGAGAACUAGAGGAUGUCAAGCCACCUCUCCCCACAUCAGACCGCAGGAAAAAGAUGAUGAAGACAAAAAAAAAACUUUUUACAGCCAUCUCUUCAUUCCUCAUUUCACUUCCAGAAUAUUCUAUCUGUGGAUACCUGUCCUUGCAAUUGUGCUGGUAUGUGUGUGUGUUUUGUGAGUGUGUGCAGUGCCUGUAAAAAAAACACUCCACUUCAUUCCCCCCCUUUUUAAAGUUUUUCAUGGCUUACAAACACUGGAUCAUGAUUAAUAUAAUUUGGUAUUUUUGUGAUUAAGAUUAUUAAUGUAAUUGGGUAUGUUUGAGAUUAUGUGAAAACAAAAUCAAAAGUCUAUCUCUAGAGGGCUUGGUUCAGGAUGACUCGAGUCUUCUCCGUCGCCUCUAGUUAAUCAUGCCAUGCAAUUACCGGUACUUCAAUCGAUUAGCAAUUAAGAUGGCAUCUGGGAUUGUUUGGAAACUAUAGUUCCGUUAUUAGUAGUGAAUCUUUAUUAGUAGGAAUCCCACAAGAAUACAACAUUCCUGACUGUGAGAAGACUAUUUGAAAAAAAAACGAAAACAAAAAAAAACCCUUGGGAUACAAACGCAACUAACUGCUUUUCACUCCAUGAGGCUGAAACUGGGCUUAGGAAGGGGCGGUGUUAAAACUCUCAAUUCGAAUGAUGGAACAGUCUUCAAUCAUGCCUGUAAAUCUUAUGGAUUUUGAGCUUUCCGAACAGAGAAAAGAGUAACAGAUUGUUAAAGAAUACUACAGCUUGUUUCAACUCAAGGUCUGCCUUAUGGAGGAAUUUUAAAGUCAACCUCAGGAGGAAGAGUUUAAUGAUCCAGACUGAAUACUUUAUCCAUGAUGUUAAUAAAUAAAUUGAAUAUCUAAGAAGGUGGAUGAAAAUGUUUUUCAGGCACUGUACAUGUGUAUGUGUAUGGACUUAUUUUGACGUUUAUUUCCCCUCCACAACUUUUUAUUAUAUGAUCAAAAAAAAAAAAAAGGUAAUUUGACCUUCAUUCCUUGAAUUGUGUUGGUUCUGGCCCUCCCUACGUGCAGUCUCUGCCAUAGAAAAGUAUUAAUAGUUGUAUGUAAUGCUGGUAAUUUACUCUGGUUAAUGACAAUAGCGAGGUUUGUGUGUAUCAUUUCAACUUCCAAGGGAAAAAAAAUGCAUUUCAAUCCCUGGCAAGAGCAGUGGGAAGUACACACACACACACACACACGCACAUGUUAUAUCGGUGAUGUGAGACACUUUCAUUUGCCAAGUUCUGUCUUGUGUCUUUCAACUUUCCUUCUCUGACCUUGUUGCUACUGUACACCAACUGAAGAGACAUGUGAGGGUCUCUGGUGACAACUGGUUAUUUCCUGUUGUUGUGUUGGUGUGUUGGUAAUAGGCCUCUGAAAGUGGGGGCCUCCGUUCCGCUUCGAGGCCUCUUCUACUUUGUCCGCUGUAGUCAAACCGCAGUAGCAACUCCUCUAUCUCCUUCAAACAAGCCAAUGAUUCUUGAGCAGUAGUAGGGCGCGACCUGCCGAGGUCACAAACAUAGGGGCCGGUGCAACCUUCGAAGGGCACAAACACUCCUCCUUGAGUUAUGUUCGCAUCAGUGUGUUUACAUUGUAGCAUGUAUGACUUGAUAUAAUUUCCAUGAUGCGGCGGUGUUUUACGCAGACCAAAUGAAGGCUACAUACUACACCAAUAUAUUUAUAUGACCACCUCAUGCAUGCCAGGUGUCAGUUGUACACUGGAAUGGGAACUAAUUCUGCAAUCACGUUAUGCCCACUUUGAGCGUAGUACUUUUCAUCGCAGAUCAGUGCACAUGUGCGAAGGCUGUCUUGGACUGGUCUGUACAGUCAGUGCUUCGUCUUUAGAAAUUUGGACCACUGUUGUGUAUUUGCAAAAAUCAUUUGAUUGUAGUCAUUAUAAACAGCCUUGUGGAAACGUAUAAAUGCCCUACGCAAGUUGUGUAACAUGAAUAAAGAUGACGUUUUGUAAACCA